AUGAAGUACCAGCAAAUGGCCUCCAUUGGCGCCGCCAUCUUUGGCAUGGCCGCCUCCGUCUCUGCUAUUCCGCUUGCACCGCGCGAGGAAGAGAAUUUCUGUCCUAAGGGCUACAAGAUGGUCGUCUGGUAUGAGACCAUUUGGUCUACCCCCGAGGCUACUUCGACUGUGGAGAUCAGCAGUACUCUUUCGGCUACUCUGACAUCGACUUCCGAGGCUGUCACCGUUUUGCAGUCGCAGACUCCUGCAGCGGUUGAGUCCUCCACUCCAGCUGGUGAUGUUGCUGUUGUUGCGGCUAUUUCGACUUCUUCGACUCCCGUUCUUGUGCCCACUACCACUUCUACUUCUUCCUCUAUUUCCGAGGCCCCAGCUACCACUUCUGUGAUUGUUGGUCCCGAGACGACCCAGGUGGCUGUCCCUACGACCUCGACCGAGAGUUCUACUGCUGAGACUGUUGCUCCCACUAAGGUUGCUGCCGUUCAGGAGACUACCUCUUCAACCACUUCGUCGACUUCGACUUCUACUACCUCAUCUGCUGAGGCUACUAGCAACUCUUCCGCUAGCUCUUCCUCUUCUGCUGGAACUUCUGGUGAAGCCACCUUCUACGGCGGCAACGUCGCCGGUGGAACCUGCUCUUUCUCAGGCUACACUCUGCCUAGCGGGCUAUUCGGCACUGCUCUCUCUGUGGAUCAAUGGAGCGAUGCCGCCAACUGCGGUGCCUGUGUUUCCGUCACCGGGCCCAGCGGUAACAGCAUCAAGGCAAUGAUCGUCGACCAGUGCCCCUCCUGUGAUACCAAUCACUUCGACCUCUUCCAAGAUGCCUUCGGCGAGCUCGCUGACAUCUCUACCGGUAUUAUCGACAUCGACUGGUCCUUCACCUCUUGUGAGCUUGACGGCCCCCUGAAGUUGAAGAACAAGUCUGGCACCUCCGAAUACUGGUUUUCGAUGCAGGUCGUCAAUGCCAACGAGCCCAUCACCAAGAUGGAGGUUAGCGCCGACGGCGGUAGCACCUGGCAGAGCACCUCCCGUACCUACUACAACUACUUCGAGCAGUCUUCUGGCUUCGGCACAGACACUGUUACUGUCCGUGUUACUGGCAAAUCUGGAAAAACUGUUACUGUUGAGGAUGUUGGGUGCUCCUCCGAGUCGGAGUAUACCGCUUCAUCUAACCUGUGA